AUGUUGCGUGAUCAGAUGAAAGGCUUCAGUGCUGUCCAUUUAGUCAUUGAUGAUAUUUUGCUUUUUAGUAGUAAGUUUGAUUAUCUUAGCUGGGAAUUUGUGAAAAGGGGGGGUAAUGGAGUUGCUCACACUUUAGCACAUUAUUGGCAGGGAAAAGCCCAUAAUGACCUUGAUUCUUUUGGGGAAGUUUUUAAAAGAAUAGCUGUGGCCAAACCACCCACUUACCUUGGCAAAGUAGACCCAGCGAGCUUAGAAAAUUGGGUGAGAGAAUUUGAUAAACUUUUUGAGGCUAUUAAUUGCCCUGAGGAAUUAAAAGUCAAUAAUGUUGUUUAUUACCUUAGAGAGGAAGCCUAUUUGUGGUGGAGUCAAAAGAGAGAUGACUUGUUGAGUAAUCCUAACUUUGGGUGGGCUCAAUUAAAGGAAGCUUUGAGAGAGAAGUUUUACCCUUCCUAUUUGAGGAAGCAGAAGUGCAUGGAGUUUACUAACCUUAGAAUGGGGAACAUGACGAUUAAUGAGUAUUAUAGCAAGUUCAUUGAGUUAAUGAGAUUUGCACCUGAGGUAGUGCCAACUGAGGCGCUUAAGGUCCAGAGGUUUGAGCAAGGUUUGACUUUAACCCUUCAAGGGAAAUUGGGAGGAGUGACUUUUGAGACCUUAGAUGAGGUUUUCGGGAGGGCAGCGCACCUUUAUGGGAUCAAAGGGAGAGAGCUAGAGGGAAACUAUUCUAGGGAAAAGAGGAAACCUAGUGGAGAUUUCAAUGGGGGUGAGAAGAAACCCAAGGUUGAGGGGAACCCGAGUGGGAAUUUUAAUGGGAAAAGGGACAACAGGGGUAACUUUGAAAGAGGGAAUGGGAACCGAGGGAAUGGAGACAAACCCAAGAGAACCUAUUUUUGCAAGAGAUGUGCGAAAAACCACCCCAGAAAGGAUUGUGAGGGAAACCUAGUGACCUGCCGCUACUGCCAAAAGCUAGGCCACCGUGAGUAUGAGUGUUACAAGAAGGUUUCAGAUGAGCAAUCGGGUAAACCCCAAGAUGAGAAGAACCAACCCAAGCCAUUUCAACCCAGCGGAUUCAAUCUUAACCCUGGACCCAACAACAACCGUGGAGCCACUCCCAAGGCUCGUGUGUUCGUGAUGAACAGUCGUGAGGCUGCAACUGCCUCCAAUGUGGGGCGUCUCACGUACUCUUUUAUUUCUAGAACUUUAGUAGAUAGACUCAAGUUAGAGAGUCCGGUGUCUGUUUCCUUAGAUAUUGCUAUCCCAUCAGGUGAAGUAGUGAGUUGCACUAAAAUGCAUCAGAGUGUACCUCUUGUUAUUUCAAAUGUAGAGUUUCCGUCAGACUUAAUCGAGCUUGACUUACAAGAUCUCGAUGUUAUUUUGGGGAUGGAAUGGUUGGGCAACAAAGGGGAUCCACUGUCUUUAUGUAACAUCCAAAGGAUAGAAGAAGGGGUUAGAGAGGAUGGGAAAAAUAUUCCAGUAGUAAAUGAAUUUCUUGACGUUUUUCCCGAAGAAAUUCCAGGGAUGCCACCUGUGAGGGAUGUUGAGUUUACUAUAGACUUAGUGCCCGGGACAAGACCUAUUUCAAAGGCUCCAUAUAGGAUGGCCCCGGCUGAGAUGAAAGAGUUGAAGACUCAGUUAGAUGACUUGCUGGAGAAAGGAUACAUUCGACCGAGUUCAUCACCAUAG